AUUGUAAGUCAGAGAAGACAAACACAAAACCCUAAUUUCAGUACCCUAAAAACCUAUUUCAAAUCCCUCUUGCAAAACGCAGCCUCUUCCUCUUCCUCAUUCUCCCCAAGAACACAGCUGAUUCUCUAAUUCUACAAAGUAAAAAGAGAAAAUGUCAGGUGAGGAAGCUACCGUUGCUGUUGAGACAGCGGCUCAGCCUCUUGGCGAGGCCAUGGAUUUGAUGACUGCAUUGCAGCUAGUCCUUAGAAAAUCUCUGGCUCAUGGUGGCCUCGCUCGCGGUCUUCACGAAGGUGCAAAAGUGAUUGAGAAACAUGCUGCUCAGCUCUGCGUAUUGGCUGAGGAUUGCAAUCAGCCUGACUAUGUUAAACUUGUCAAAGGCCUUUGUGCUGAUCAUGGCGUUAGCCUCUUAACUGUUCCCAGUGCUAAAACCCUUGGCGAGUGGGCCGGGUUGUGUAAGAUUGAUUCUGAGGGCAAGGCCAGGAAAGUAGUUGGUUGCUCUUGCGUCGUAGUUAAGGAUUAUGGUGAGGAGACUGAAGGUCUUAACGUUGUUCAGCAACACAUCAAGUCUCACUGAGCAACAGUGUAUUUGAUUUAUUGGGAUCUAAAUUUUAGUUUAUACGUAGACCUUCUUUUAAUGUUUUCAUGAUACCCUCCUGUGGGGUUUUUGAGUGUUUGCUAGAUGCAGUUGCUAGCAAAUCAGUUGUGUCGCAUUAUUUUGGUUGAACAUUUUGUCUUGAUAUAUGAAAUGCAGAAGUAGCACCAUUUUGAGUCUUUGAAAUCAA